GCUCCGGCGCCGCCGGGGGCCGCUCCGGUUGUGUUUUCGGUUUCCCUGGAGCUUGUGUUUGGAUUUGGAGGUCUGAAGUCCUCGAGCGGUUGUGGCGGGCUUGCUCUCGCCCCUUUGGAGCCCUUCCAGAUUCCAGGCUGUGCUGGACGGGAACUGGAAGGCAAGGGUCCUCGGAAACCCCGCGUGAUUGCUUUAUGCACCGAGAAGGGAUUCUCGUGUCGUAUUUUCCGGAGGAGAAUGAGCCCGAUGUCAGAAGAUCUAGCAAAGCAGUUGGCAAGCUACAAAGCUCAACUCCAGCAAGUUGAAGCUGCAUUGUCUGGAAAUGGAGAAAAUGAAGAUUUGCUAAAAUUAAAGAAAGACUUACAGGAAGUUAUAGAACUAACCAAAGACCUUCUGUCAACUCAACCUUCUGAAACUCUUGCAAGUUCAGACAGUUUUGCAUCUACUCAGCCCACUCAUUCAUGGAAAGUAGGAGACAAGUGUAUGGCAAUCUGGAGUGAAGACGGACAGUGUUAUGAAGCGGAGAUCGAGGAGAUAGAUGAAGAAAACGGCACUGCUGCAAUCACCUUUGCUGGCUACGGCAAUGCUGAAGUGACCCCACUGUUGAACCUCAAGCCUGUAGAAGAAGGAAGGAAGGCAAAGGAGGACAGUGGCAACAAACCCAUGUCAAAAAAAGAAAUGAUUGCCCAGCAGCGUGAAUAUAAAAAGAAGAAAGCUUUGAAAAAAGCACAGAGAAUAAAAGAACUUGAGCAGGAAAGAGAGGACCAAAAGGUUAAAUGGCAACAGUUCAACAACAGAGCCUAUUCUAAAAACAAAAAAGGCCAGGUAAAGAGGAGUAUUUUUGCUUCACCUGAGAGUGUAACCGGCAAAGUUGGAGUAGGAACUUGUGGAAUUGCUGAUAAACCUAUGACACAAUAUCAAGAUACCUCUAAAUACAAUGUCAGGCAUUUGAUGCCUCAAUAAUCAGAAAAACUGUUGGAUUUCAUCUCUGCAGGGCUUUACAUUUACCUUUUUAUCCUUAUAUUUUUCUAAAGGUAAAUUAUUUGUUAGAUGAGUAAGGAAGAUACCAUUGUCGUCCUUGUUUGACUUCAAUAGAAUGAAACUUGAAGAAAUUGCAUUUGAUAACUGCUAUUCAUUUAACUUUUCGUUACUACUACCACAGUUUCCUCAAAGUUUGUUGAAUAAAGCAACUUUUCUAGAUAGAUGCUGCAUAAAUACAGCACUUAGAUGAAUUGUUGAUCUUCCUAAUAUCAGGCCCUUACUUAAUGGAUGUUGUGUACUUUUUGUAAAGUCCUAACUUGGAAUUUUCAGAUGCUUUUAACUUGCCACAUAUUGUAGCAAUUCACCGGAACAUCAAGGCAAAAUACCAACCUGCUAAAGAGAUCCUUUUUUUUCUUGUUUUCAACUUAAACCUAGCUGUUGCAAAUUAAGCCUAAAAAUAGGUUAAUUUGUAAAUGGCAACUUUGUUUUGAGGUUUUUCCUUAAAUAAUUUGUUUUCUAAGCCCAUUAGGCUAUCUCUAAAAUUGAUCCAGCUCUUAAAAUUUUUACAUUGAGUUUUAAUUUUAUGUAAGAAACCAUGUUUAGGACCAGCUACCAUUUCUAAGGGUUUUUUGUUUUGUUUCUAACGUUUGCUCUUUUCCUGUGUUUUUUCCCUUAUGGUAGUGGUAUCAUUUUUUGGAUGUGUAAUGUUUAUAAAAGAAAACAAAAAGCUGAUGUAUAGCCCUGUAUACAGUGUAGAUACUAUUUUUGUAAAAAAAAAAAACAAAAAAACCAAGGCUAAAUUAAUGAACAAGAGUACUGAAUGUUUCAUCAUUAAAAAUUUCUUGUAUUUCUUGUGCAUUAAUCUGACCAUAAUUUCCCUGUAUAUUAUGUUCAUGUAGCUGGGUUUGUAAUUUUUGUUUACUAGAUCAAGUUGUCAGCAUUUGUUGGUAUAAGUGAACAUCACAGUUAUCCUGAGUUGAGUUUAAGCCAAAUAUAUGCAUAGUAAAGUAUCUUCCUAUUACUGGAAGAUGGUGAUUUUUUUAGGAUAUGUGUUAAUUUCAGUUUUUGUAUGUUUAACUUUUAUUAAAUAAAGUGUUCUUAAAAUCUCCAGGGUGUGUUACCAGAAGGGUGGUGAAGUCCUAGCUGGCAGCACUGAUACGGUGAUUAAGCUUCAGUGUACUUGCAUUCAUGAUUUCCACAGAAGAGAAUAUUGAGUAUGUGAUAAAGGUUUCAAUAAAUCCUUAUGUACUUCUUACCUUAGAGUUAAGAAAUUGGAUCCUAAAAGGACAACUAUUUUUAUUUUCAGGGCUUGUGCUGUGUAUAGAGAUGUUUGUACAUUUUUGGGGAAAGGAAAAUAAAAAUGUUAAUGACGUUUAAA